CAUGGUCAGUCUGUCCUUGUUGAGCGCGGGCGGCACAUUGGUUAACAACAGCCUGUGUAAGAAAAAAUUAUGACUGAACCGUUUUCACAAGGAUGAGAACUGUUUUUCCGUAGAAAAACCUAGAAUUGACACCGAAAGGUGGAUUGGCGGGGCAAACAACCGUUAAACACCGAACUCUACCGCGUCCUGAGACAUUGAUUGUGUAGGAGCUGCGCCUUGAACGCCGCUGAGGGCUCUAUCGUCAAUCUCUCCAGGCGUUUGGCACCAAUAAAUCUUCCAGCUAUAGGACAGUUACACGAAACAAACGGCUUGGGUUACUUAGGAAACGUUUUAUGAGCAGUGAGCACCUAUAUCAAUGUAGCAUAUGGAUAUGGUGUGGACUGAUAGGGGCUGUUAAAAUUGAUGGGACCUGGUCCUAAAGUGAAACUGUUCGAUUGCGCCGGCUGGAACUGGGGCAGUGAAUGUUCCCAGUAAGCUACGCAUGGACUUGUCAAUAGAAAGACGACCGACCAACCAACGCAUCCCUUUGUUGUGGUGGAAAAAUUGUUCCACAUUGUAGCUGAAAUUGAAAAUUUUAUUUCAACAAUAAAAAGCGACCAUCCUUUAUGAGCAUUCAGGCGAGGUAUUUAAACUGGAUCCCAGUGCGUCUAACUCGGGGAUCCUAUCGACUACGGAUUUGAUUAAUCGCUUUCAAAAACAACCCACUGCUCCCCUGAAAGGGACAAGAUGCCGUUCCACCAUGUGACGGCAGGGCUGCUGUACAAGGGGAACUAUCUGAGUCACUCUCUGUCUGAGGACAAUGACUGUGACCAGCUAGCCAGCAUCUCUGUGGAGGAGCUAGAUGAGAUCCGGGAGGCAUUCAGAGUGUUGGACCGGGAUGGGAACGGGUUCAUCUCCAAGCAGGAGCUGGGCAUGGCCAUGAGGUCCCUGGGAUACAUGCCCAGUGAGGUGGAGCUGGCCAUCAUCAUGCAGAGACUAGACAUGGAUGGAGACGGGCAGGUAGACUUCGAUGAGUUCAUGACGAUCCUGGGACCCAAGCUCCUGUUGUCUGAAACCAGGGAGGGCUUCCUGGGGAGCACAAUAGACAGUAUAUUCUGGCAGUUUGACAUGCAGCGCAUCACCCUUGAGGAGCUGAAACACAUCCUGUUCCAUGCCUUCAGAGACCAUCUGACCAUGAAGGACAUCGAGAACAUCAUCAUCAACGAGGAGGAGAGCCUCAAUGAGAGCUCGGGACACUGUCAGGCAGACUUUGAAGGAAUCCAUUCUAAAAAUAAGAACCGGCAGACUUGCGUGAGGAAGAGUCUGAUCUGCGCCUUCGCCAUGGCCUUCAUCAUCAGUGUCAUGCUCAUCGCGGCCAAUCAAAUGCUGCGGAACGGCCUGGAGUAGCCACACUCGGCCACACCCACUGUGAGCGGGAAAAACAAACCUGCAUGUGCAUGAUGACAGUGGGUGAGGUCAUUUCCUGUUUCUUUAGAAAGAAAAAAACGACUUCAAAAAUGCCUCACUGAUGUUGACAAAAAAACGAAAAACACUGACUGAUAAACUACCUGAUUUUUCUGAGUGGAUAACAGUCCGACGUCCAACGACACUGAGAAGCCAGCAUGAGGAGUCCAGCGAGACCCCUCAUAACCCCAUUACUCUGGCAGGGACAUUCAAGGGCUGACAUUCGCUUACUCUGCUGUCUCUAUUCCCUAAUGCAAUAAAAACACAAGUACAGGAGUUCAGCACUCUUCUUGCCUCAGAAGGUGGAUUGAGACAGGCCCUCAGUGUAUCUGUAUAAGGCAGCAUCCUUGUGGAUUGAGACAUACCCACAAUUGUAUCUGUGUUAGAGAGAUUGGAGCUGUGCCUCCUGCAGUGCAGAGAGCCAGACUGGCUACUCACACUCGCUCUUACGCACACAUAUAUGCAUGUACUUCCACACACACACACAAACACACAAACACACACACACACACACACACACACACACAAACAAACACUUAAAUAAUUGGCCUGUUAAUCUAAUUUCCUGAGGGCGGGUGGAAGCCAGCUCACUACUGCAGCAUACAGUAAGGCUGUUGUAGGACGGGUGUUUAAGCUGUUCUAGAAGCUUUCAUCCAGAGUUCAGGAGUGCAAUCGGUGGGUAUUACUGUGCCCAAUAUUUUCCCUAUAUGUAAAAUUGAAAAAUGUCUCACUGUCACUGUCUCUGUGUACAUUCCCAAUGCUAAACAGAACAGUGUUUGAAAGACCAUAGCUGUGAAAAGUGUGGGCUGUACUGUACCUAUGAUCUAAUUCCUCUUGAGGUAGGUAGGUCUGAACUCCUGUAUUGUAUUGACUCUCAUGGUAAUAUUUAAACCACCUUCAGUUUUGCUGAGGACUGCUUGUAAUAGCUACAGUACUGCAUGCGAUCAAGUCAACGUCGAUAUGUAAAUAUGUAUGUAACCCAUGUUGUUGUUGUCUAAGUGUAUUGGGUGACGGUGUUCUAUUCUGUAUGUGCAUGAUUGUUGGUACACUCUGCUCUAGCAGAUUUAGAGGUGGAGGAAAGGAGAGAGCACUGUGAAACGUCUGCUAAAUGACUAAAAUGUAAAUGUAAAUGUGAAACCAGAGGCUGCUGCCUUCCACAUCACAAUACACAGGCAGACAGACAGACACACAGCUCUCUAUAUUCCCCUCACCCUCUGGCCAAAGCCAUAGAAUUCACUAGAGAUGUACUGACUGAAGAACACUAAAUGGAUGUUGUUGUUUUCUGUUACAAAUAUGUAUUUUCGGUAGGAACAGUCCAUCCUUUGUGUAUGUUGUUGGGUUCCUUCACCCACCCUUUUGAAUUUCCAUCUAUCCCCAUGAGCAGAACGGAGAGAAGAAUCACAGACUGGUGCAAGAGCCCCAUCUAGAGGUUUGCUCCAGAAUUCUGAUAUUUUUUGUAACACAAUGUGCUCUCCUAGCUCUGGUCCAGGGCGUUAGUGUAGCCUGCAAACCCUGGUAAAAACGGUGUGCAGGUGAGGUUGGAAGCCCAAAAGGGCUUAUAUGAAAACCACACCACAAAUAUAAGUACAAAAAAAUUAGUUUGUUCAAUCAGUUAAACAAAGCAUAAUAAUUAUAAUUGUACAUGAUAUACUCAAUAUACAAGAAAAAACAUGUUUGAUUAUGUGUGUGUGUGUGCAUGUGUGUGUGAGUGUGAGAGUUAGGCUACAUGGAGGGGAUUAUUGGGUA